UAGAGAUCAGUGGAAUAAAAAAAAUAUAAAGAUAUGUUUUUUUUAUUUUUCAGUCCUGGAGAGAAAGCUCCAGAUGCCGUUUAAAAAAAUAAAAAUUUAAAAAAUUACCAGAGCGCGGAUUAGAUUUGUUUUUGGGUGAAGAAAGAGGCUGGGCUGCGGCGUCUGGAGGGUUAACUUUCAGUAUUCUCAGCCUAAAAGGGGUUUGGGGGCUAUGAGAUAAAGAUGCCGGGGUCGCUGAGUAAUGAAGACGAGGGACAGGACGACAUGGAUUUUGAAGACGAUAUGCCAGAUGAAGAUGAUGAAGGUGAGCGCAACACCGUUCCCCUCACACCUCUGGACAGCUUCUUCUCGGACAACGACUCCCUCAAACAACAGAAGAAGAAGAAGCCCAAAAAGAUGAAGGAGGGGAAGAUGCCCAAAGUGAAAAAGAGGAAAAAGGAGGGAGGAAUCCAGGCGAGAGUGGACAGCGACCUGGAGGAGACCUCAGAGGUGGAGGAGGAACGGGAACGUCCAGAAAUAAACUCAGAGAGCGAAGGCAGCACGACAUACGGCCCGACCAAAAAGAAGAAGAAGAAACCGAAGGAGAAGAAAGAGAAGAAGCCCAGGAAGAAGAAGAGGGACGAGGAUGAUGAUGACGACGACGAUGAUGAUGGGAACAUGAAAGAACCUAAAUCCUCGAGCCAGCUGAUGCAGGAGUGGGGUUUGGAAGACGUUCAGUACGGCUUCACUGAGGACGACUAUAAAACCAUCACCAACUACAAAGCUUUCAGCCAGUUCCUCAGGCCGCUCAUCGCCAAGAAGAACCCCAAGAUCCCCAUGUCAAAGAUGAUGACAGUGUUAGGGGCCAAGUGGCGAGAGUUCAGCGCCAACAACCCGUUCAAAGGCGCAUCUGCCACCGCUGUGGCCGCCGCUGUGGCUGCUGCCGUGGAAACGGUUACCGUGGCACAGACAACGUCUGUCAGCAGCAGCCAGCCGGGCUCUCAGCCGGGGCCGAUCAAAAAGGCCAAAACCAAAGAGGGGAAGGGUCCAGGAGUCAGAAAGAGAAGCAAGUCUGUGAAGGAGGUGAAGAAGAAACCUAAGCCGAAGAAGACCAAAUCAAAGUCGGGCCAAAGUGGGAAGAAGAAGAAAGCUUCCUCGAGUGAGGAGGACUUCCUGGAGGAGUCGGACUUUGAUGACAUCAGCAUCCACAGUGCCUCUGUGCUUUCUGAUACCUCAGGGGCCGCCACCAAGAAAAAGGCGCGACGUGGGCGGAAGAAAAGGAAAAAGGAGGACGGCGACGGUUAUGAGACAGACCACCAGGAUUACUGUGAGGUGUGCCAGCAGGGCGGGGAGAUCAUCCUGUGUGACACCUGUCCCAGAGCGUACCACCUGGUGUGUCUGGACCCCGAACUGGAGAAGGCCCCUGAGGGCAAAUGGAGCUGUCCACACUGUGAGAAGGAGGGCAUCCAGUGGGAGGCCAAAGAUGAGGAGGAGGAAGAGGAGGAGCCAGCAGGUGAGGAAGAGGAUGACCACAUGGAGUUCUGCAGAGUGUGUAAAGAUGGAGGAGAGCUGCUGUGCUGUGACACCUGCCCGUCUUCAUACCACAUCCACUGCCUCAACCCGCCUCUGCCUGAGAUCCCCAACGGAGAGUGGCUGUGUCCACGCUGCAUGUGUCCUCCCCUCAAAGGUAAAGUCCAGAAAAUCUUACACUGGACCUGGGGAGAGCCUCCGCUGCCCGCUGAACUGCCUGCAGGACCCGAUGGGAAGCCAAAUGAUCCUCUGACCAAACCUCCGCUCAAAGGCCACCCAGAGAGGGAGUUCUUUGUGAAGUGGGCCGGACUUUCUUACUGGCACUGCUCCUGGGUCAGCGAGCUGCAGCUGGAGCUCUACCACACCGUCAUGUAUCGGAACUACCAGCGGAAGAACGACAUGGACGAGCCACCGCCGUACGACUAUGGCUCAGGGGAGGAGGAGCUCAACAGUGAGAAGAGGAAGAGCAAAGACCCCCAGUAUGCCGUGAUGGAGGAGCGUUUCUACCGCUACGGCAUCAAACCAGAGUGGAUGGUGAUCCACCGGAUACUCAACCACAGUUUUGAUAAAGAUGGAGACGUUCAUUACCUGAUCAAGUGGAGAGACCUGCCGUACGACCAGUGUACCUGGGAGGUGGACGACUUCGACGUCCCAGAAUAUGAUGGUCAUAAAUCUUCAUACUGGGACCACAGAGAGCAGAUACUCGGGGAAGACCAACGCCCCCUGGUGGUGAGGAAAGGAAAGAAACUCAAGGAAGACCACCAGAAGAGGGAGGUCCCUCCUGAUGCUCCAAUCAUAGAUCCAACCAUCAAGUUCGAGCACCAGCCGUGGUACAUCAACGCCACUGGGGGGACGCUGCACCCGUACCAGCUGGAGGGUCUGAACUGGCUGAGGUUCUCUUGGGCACAGGGAACAGACACCAUCCUGGCUGAUGAGAUGGGGCUAGGGAAGACAGUGCAGACCAUCGUAUUCCUCUACUCGCUCUAUAAAGAGGGUCACUCUAAGGGCCCCUUCUUGGUGAGUGCUCCCCUCUCCACCAUCAUUAACUGGGAGAGGGAGUUUGAGAUGUGGGCUCCAGAUUUCUACGUGGUGACGUACACUGGAGAUAAAGACAGCAGGGCGAUCAUCAGGGAGAACGAGUUCACGUUCGAGGAUAGCGCUGUGAAAACAGGACGGAAGGUGUUUCGCAUGAAGAAGGACACUCCUAUCAAGUUCCAUGUGCUGCUGACGUCCUAUGAGCUGAUCACCAUCGAUCAAGCCAUCCUGGGCUCCAUCACCUGGGCCUGUCUGGUGGUAGACGAAGCCCACAGACUCAAAAACAACCAGUCAAAGUUUUUCAGAAUUCUGAAUGGGUAUAAGAUCUACUACAAGCUGCUGCUCACUGGGACUCCUCUUCAGAACAACCUGGAGGAGUUGUUCCACCUGCUUAACUUCCUCACCCCAGAGCGCUUCAAUAACCUGGAGGGCUUCCUGGAGGAGUUCGCUGAUAUCUCAAAGGAGGAUCAGAUCAAGAAGCUUCACGACCUGCUUGGACCUCACAUGCUCAGGAGGCUGAAAGCUGAUGUGUUCAAGAACAUGCCCGCAAAGACGGAGCUGAUUGUCCGAGUGGAGCUCAGCCCCAUGCAGAAGAAAUAUUACAAGUUCAUCCUGACUCGAAAUUUCGAGGCUCUGAACUCCAAAGGAGGAGGGAACCAAGUGUCUCUGCUGAACAUUAUGAUGGACCUGAAGAAGUGCUGCAAUCAUCCCUACCUGUUCCCUGUAGCUGCUGUGGAGGCUCCUGUGUUGCCAAAUGGCUCGUACGACGGUAACCUGCUGGUGAAGUCCUCAGGGAAACUGACGCUGCUUCAGAAAAUGCUGAAAAAACUCAAAGAUGAAGGACACAGAGUUCUCAUUUUCUCUCAGAUGACAAAGAUGUUGGAUCUGCUGGAGGAUUUUUUGGAGUUUGAGGGUUAUAAAUAUGAGCGUAUUGACGGAGGGAUUACUGGAGGCCUGAGGCAGGAGGCUAUUGACCGCUUCAAUGCACCUGGUGCUCAGCAGUUCUGCUUCCUGCUAUCAACACGAGCUGGAGGUCUCGGCAUCAAUCUUGCGAGUGCAGACACUGUGAUCAUCUACGACUCCGACUGGAAUCCACACAAUGACAUCCAGGCUUUCAGCAGAGCCCAUCGGAUCGGACAGAACAAGAAGGUGAUGAUCUACCGCUUCGUGACUCGAGGCUCGGUGGAAGAGCGAAUCACCCAGGUGGCAAAGAGGAAGAUGAUGCUCACUCAUCUGGUCGUGCGACCUGGCCUUGGCUCCAAAACUGGCUCCAUGUCCAAACAAGAACUGGAUGAUAUCCUCAAGUUUGGCACAGAGGAGCUUUUUAAGGAUGAAAUGGAGGCAGCACGAACCAUGGGAGUCACCUCUCAUCGAACAGGUGAUAACAAAGAUGGCGAAGAGGGCAACGUGAUUCAUUACGAUGACGAUGCAAUCUCGAAGCUGUUGGACCGCAGCCAGGACGCCACCGAAGACACUGAGAUCCAGAACAUGAAUGAGUACCUGAGCUCCUUCAAAGUGGCUCAAUACGUGGUGAAAGAGGAGGACGGGGAGGAGGAAGUGGAGCGGGAGAUCAUCAAACAGGAGGAGAACGUUGAUCCGGACUACUGGGAGAAACUCCUCCGCCAUCACUAUGAGCAGCAGCAGGAGGACCUGGCCCGAAACCUGGGCAAAGGGAAACGAAUCAGGAAGCAGGUCAACUACAAUGACACGACCCAGGAGGACCAAGAAUGGCAGGAUGAUCUUUCAGACAAUCAGUCGGAGUACUCCGUGGGGUCCGAGGACGAGGACGAAGACUUCGAGGAGAGGCCUGAAGGUGGACGCAGACAGUCUCGUCGACAGCUGAAAGGUGACAAAGACAAACCUCUACCACCAUUACUGGCACGAGUUGGAGGCAGUAUUGAGGUGCUAGGGUUCAACGCCCGCCAGAGAAAAGCCUUCCUUAACGCCAUCAUGCGCUGGGGGAUGCCUCCUCAGGACGCCUUCAACUCUCACUGGCUGGUCAGAGACCUGAGAGGGAAGAGUGAGCGAGAGUUCAGGGCCUAUGUGUCUCUGUUCAUGAGACACCUGUGUGAGCCGGGGGCAGACGGAGCAGAAACCUUUGCAGACGGAGUCCCACGUGAAGGCCUGUCUCGUCAGCAUGUUCUCACCAGGAUCGGAGUCAUGUCUCUUGUCAGGAAAAAGGUGCAGGAGUUUGAGCAUGUAAAUGGAAAGCUGAGCUCUCCGGAUCUGAUUCCCAUCGGCAUGGAGCUGAAGAAGCUGACAGAGAGUUUAUCCUCUGAUCCAAACACUCCUGUGCCGGCCAGUCCCAUCGCCACACAGCCCGGCACUCCAGUCCCUCCAGAGAAGACAGAGUCUCUCCUUGGUUCUGCUGAGGACAAGGAAACCUCAGAGCAGGAUGGCAAGAAACCGUCGGAGCAGGAGACGUCCGGCGCAGAGGCAGCACCUGCACCAGAGAAGGCAGCUGACAGCGAGGAGAGCAAGGCCAGCUCUGAGGAGAAAACGGGAGACGAGAGGGACAGAACCGAGUCGCCCAGUGCAAAGACAGAGCCAUCUGCCAACCAAAAAGAGUCGGCUUCAAAACAGACCGAGCUGUCGUCCAGUCAGACGUCUCCUAAAGUUGAGCCUUGCAAAGAAACAGAGAAGUCCUCAGACAAAGGAGAUAAUGAUUCUCCGCCGGCCAAAACUGAAGACAAGGAGAAUAAGCCAGAUGAUGUGAAGAGUGAAGAGGCAUUAGAGGGUCGAUUGAACGGAGACAAAGACACCCUGGAUGACCUGGAUGAGAACAGGAAGGAGGACAAAAACGGAUACAAAACCAAGUUCAUGUUUAAUAUCGCUGAUGGAGGUUUUACAGAGUUACACACCCUCUGGCAAACUGAGGAGCGAGCAGCGCUGUCGUCUGGAAAGAUGCAUGACAUCUGGCACCGUCGCCAUGACUACUGGCUGUUGGCUGGCAUUGUAACACACGGCUACGCUCGCUGGCAGGACAUCCAGAAUGACCCGCGUUAUGCCAUUCUCAAUGAGCCCUUCAAGACGGAGAUACACAAGGGGAACUACCUGGAGAUGAAGAACAAGUUCCUGGCUCGCCGCUUCAAGUUGUUGGAGCAGGCCCUAGUGAUCGAGGAGCAGCUGAGGCGGGCAGCGUACCUGAACAUGACCCAGGACCCCAGUCACCCGGCCAUGGCUCUGAACACUCGCUUCACUGAGGUGGAAUGUCUGGCAGAGUCCCACCAGCACCUGUCCAAAGAGUCUCUGGCUGGGAACAAGCCUGCCAAUGCCGUGCUGCACAAAGUGCUGAACCAGUUGGAGGAGCUUCUGAGUGACAUGAAAGCUGACGUGACACGUCUGCCCAACAUGCUGUCAAGGAUCCCGCCGGUGUCGGCCCGCCUGCAGAUGUCUGAGCGGAGCAUCCUGAGCCGCCUCACCAGUCGAGGGAAUGAGCCUCCGCCGCAGCAGCCUUUCAGUCAGGGCGGCUUCGGCUGCUCUCAGAUGUACAGCAGCGGCUUUGGAGGAGGAUUCAGAGGACCCGGUGGACAGCCGAUGGUCAACUACAGUCAGAUGCCUCUGGGCCCUUAUGUCAGCGUGUCCUCUAACGGCCCUCCGCCUCCUACAAGCCAUUUGGAUAAGAAGUCACUCGACUCCUUGAGAGACGUGGCGACUCCUGACCUCAAGUCAGGCAAACCCAGUGAUGUCAUCUGUAUCGAAGACUAGACGAGCUCUGAAGCUGACCUGAGAUUAGACGCCACAGGGAUGGAGCGUGCAUGGAUGACAGCCGCCCAUCUCCUCCUCUUUUAAAUCUUUAAAUCAAGCUCUCUGUCUGCGGAUAGGAUGAAUAACUUUUUGAUUAAUGCAGAUCUAUCUAUCUUAACAAUUGCACUUUUAUCUUUUAAGGACUGUAGAAGUAUUUCAGGAGUUGUUUGCUUUUGUGCUGCAGAGCUGAUUGCCAGGAGAGGUGGAAUUUUUUUUUUCAGCGCUGCGCUACAAGGUGAAACUCAAGGAAGCUGGCCUGUCUGAGAGUCCGAUGCUCACGAUUAAGGCUCGUUUUAAUCUACGAAUGUGUGUCUUGUUGGUGCUGGCUUUGACUUUUUCAUUCCCUGCGCCCAUUGUUUUUUCACAACACUGUGACUGUGGCCAUCAGUGAGAGGAGAGGAGAGAGGACAAUUUGAGUCACAGUUUGAUCAUUUGAAGGCCUAUAUUGUUACUUUAAAUGUGAUUUUUGUCAUUCAUGUAGUAAUCAGUGGAUAAAUUAUUGAUUUGACAGCAUCAGAGACUAUGAUCAUGUAUGCAGUAGCUGGAUACAGUCUGUCUGAAUCCUUGAAAGACUGCCACCUGCUGGUGAAAGUGGAGAAAGUGAUUCCUGCUGAGCCUGCAGACACAUUUUACUGCAGACACCAGUGAGGGCCGGCCUCUUGUACUGUAUAUACUCAGAGACUGCUGUUUAUUUUACCUCACAUAGGUCUAACUUAGUGAAAAUAUGUACACACAUGGAAGAAAUCAAUGAAAAUGGAGAUCAAGCAAGGAAAAGACGCUGAUUUUUUGCAAGAGAGGACUGAGUAUUACUGUGUACGGUACAAUAUUUGUGAUUCUUACUAUAUUUGAAUGUUAGUAGUGGCUGUAGAGCUUAACCCCAGGCCAGGACCAGUGGGACUGCACUAUAAACAGAAACUCAUCUGGUCUACAUCCACAGACAGGGCUAUCUGAGAGCAGUCCUGAGUGGAGGGUGGCUUUUUUCUUCUCUUACUUACAUCCAGGGACUUUCCCGUCUCCCUAUCAUUGUUAGAACUGAAUAAGGACAUGAGUGCUGAAGGCACAAUCUCACUUUAAGUCUAGUUUUUGUCUCAGAAUGAGCCUUUGUCUGCCUCUUUUUAUGUUAAGCUAAAAUAAGAUGCUAUUUGGUUACUUGGUGCCAUUUAAAAAGAUAAUCAUGUAUUCUUUAAUGCAGUGUUUUCUCCACAGAAGUGCAGAUGUUUUUACAUGAUGGCCAUUUUCCUCUGACGGCAUGCUCAAAUAUGGGAAUCACAAACACUUUCAGGAAGCUAACUACUGAGAUUCAGGCUGAAAAUUGUAGAAAUGUGAGCAGUAGUUUUCAUUUUACUACUUCUUUUACUGAGCAACAAAAAAGGCAAUCAAUAGUGGAAAUCCACCUGGAUACUGGGGCUAUAUUUCAUACAUCAAAUGUUAAAUGUUGAUAUAUAUUUCAGUGCAAAGUAAUAUUUUUGAUUAUAUACUGGCUACCAAUACACAGCCAGUGAAAUUGGCCUUUACCAACAAUCUUGCUAUCAAAAGUAUUUACACCAUCCAAAAGCUGAAUAUUAACUCUGAAACACUCUAAACUAGAUCUUCCAUGUUGAAUCACCAUUAGCUAUGAUUAAACUCUAAUGUUUGCCACUGUUUGAAUGGUGGUUGAGUGAUUUUCAGUGGCUUUUAAAGGGGACAUAUUAUGCCAAUAUUUUUAAGGUUUUUCUAACAAAAUAUGUGCACCUGGCCUGUCCAAAAUCCCCUCAAGUAC